AGUAAAUUAUGGUGAAACGAAACGCUAAGCAUACCGGCUGUCAAAUUCAACUGUCAAAAACUCAAAACUGUUUCAGUUUAGCGAGGGUUUCGACUUUCGAUGCGAAAUCGAAAAAAAUAACGAACCUAUUCUUUGUUACGCUGUUUAAUAUUAACUAUUCACCAUUCUAUGCUCAGGUGUGCUUGGGGUUACAAAUAUUGUUUCAAAUCUGGAUGAAGAUACUAUGAUCGCUGCGUCUGAGCCUCUGGAGUUUGUGCCACACGGCAGAACAGUGCUGGCCAAGCACCCGGGUCAGAUAUACAGCAAGCACAACACAUCAGCCUCAGAGAACUCCCUGUUGUACAAGCUUACCAACUUCGCCAUCAAGGAUGAGAGCCUGCUCGAGGCCAAGGAGGCGGAGGAGCAGGAGUGGUGGUGCAUCCGCGAGGUCUACUAUAAGGGAACUGAUGACUUCGAAGAAGAUCCACAACCCAAAGAUAUGAAAUUCGAAGGAAACUCCUUCCGAGCACCAAGUCAACUCAGAAAUGAUUUUAACAUCUCAAUCAAAUCUGAAUUAUUGACUGGUACAAAGAAAAUGGAUACGGAAGGCUUGAACUCCGCCGGUACUUCCCGCGGUGGUAGUGCUAACAGUUCCAGUAAUAUGUCUAAGAAGUUCAACUUGAAUUCUGGACCGGGCAAAAACAGUAAAGAUAAGUUGAAUCCAAAGACAGAUAGCUGUUACGAAGAAGAGUUGUAUGUGAAGGGGUGUACUGCGGUUUGGUCUAAAGGCCUGAUAUCAACACCAGCCACAAAGCUAUCCGAGCCUGAACACAGGGAAACUAUCGCUUGCUACACCAUCGAAAACCCCAUCAAACACGCCGCCUUCUGCAACUUCCAUGUUGACAUCAAAAACACCAUGCUCAUAGACGCGUUAAACACUCAAAUAGGAGAUGUCAAGAAAAACAUCAAGAUUGAAGACACCACAGAACAUAUACAGACGAAAAUCAUGCCAGCAAUCCUAUUGAUAGACAGUAAAUGUCUGAAAGUUUAUGCCAAUGAAGGAAGAGAAUAUAUAACUAGCCUACCAUUCCAAGUAAAGAAAGUGUGGCCAAUGAAAUAUGGAGUGUUGCUAGAGAAAGAAGCAACACCAGCGAUACACAACUCGAUGCUACCAAACUCCUUCAUAAAGCUGAAUGAUUCACAAAAUAGUACUUUCUCAAGAUCGAAAUCCAAUUUUCCGUUCAAUAUGAGUUCUAAACUGCGAGCUGAGUCCAUGUCUGGGUUUGAUACAGAUGUUGCUUUACCCACUUGUUUCUCUCUGACACAUCCUUUGGAUGAAGUGACGCCUAUAUUAAUGAAAUCCCCAUCUCAGGGGCUGCAGUAUUACAACGAUGGUGACUUGCAAAUCAUAUUCGUGAGUUCGAAUCCCAGUAUCAUAUUGCUGUACGACUGGAAACUGGGGACGCAUUCGCUUUGGAGGAUAAGGAAAACUGUUCGCGAUGAGUGUUUGUCAAUGUGUCCGAAUAUGAACUCAACAACAACUGUGUUUAGUCAGUCGUAUGAUUACGUUGGUAGUCCGAUGCAGAGUCAGAGGAAUGCUACUAGCUGGGCGACUGGUUUGGGCAGUCCUUACCAGUCUAAGAAGAUGCCGGGCACGCCGACUAUGUCUCGGUCGCGAAUUAACAGUCCAAUGGCCAGUGUAUUUCAUCAGCAAGGGUUGUCACCCCACGCGUCGAUCGGACAAGCAUCCUGUGCUUCUAUGUUGGGGAACAAUGGUACUCAGAACCCUCCAUCCCUACCUUUAUACCCUGAUAUAUGCUUGGACCACAUUUGGACGGACUCGCAGACAAUUCGACGAGAUCCCAUCGAGUCUUUAAGCGAUAUGAAAACGUUUCUCCAUACUGACUUGGUUGGCCAUGAUUACUUGUGUUUUAUUGUGAAAGUGGGGGGUGUGAGUAGGUUGCAGAUAGUAAGGUUGCAGCGUUCUCACUCGCACGGACGCAUGUCUAAGACGAACCUGAUGGUUGGUGCGGUGUCUACAGUACUGGCCAAAGAUGCUGUGGUGCUGGAUCAUCUCAAUAUGAUUGCGCUGAUUGAUGAAGCGGGAAACAUUAUACUGCAGUCCGGGAAUUAUGUUGUUGGGAAGGUGCAUGUAGGCGGUGUCCUGGCCCGUCUCAUCGACUCGCCGUACACAAAGCGAGCCACCUUCCAAUCUCCGUUCCCGCGCCGGAGCAGCUUACUGCCCAGUCGUUGUAAUGAAACGUCGAACUUCGAUGAUUCAGCCCUACAUCUGCUAUCGCCAGUACCACACACGUCUGCUGCCAGAAUUGAGCAGAAAGAGAGCUUAGGUUUAUCCGGCCUUUGUGACGCGGCUGGUUCUCGUCUCACACUGCAGUUUGAAGCUGGUCCGAUGUACAGGAUAUCAUUGCCGCCUCUGACUUGUUCUACACUUGUCACUCGCUGCUACUCCGCCUUGAGAGCUAUAUUACCCAAAGAUGUAUCUAUGCAGGUCAUAAUAAAAUGGUACGGCGUUCGAAACGCUCCCGGCACACAAGACCUAACCCCAGAACAAGAAUGGUCAAUGUUCUCGAACCUUCUCUUCUCGCUCAUCGGAUACGACAUCGAACGACUGCACACGAAGCAAAACGAUGACGUCAUCGAACAUGUCGAAGUGGCUUCUAAGAAACAACGAACUUCAAGCGAUGGUACUCAAGACGAUUGGGAUUAUUUACUCAAUUCCAAAAUGCAUAAAGCCAUAGGCCAUUCUUUAACAAUGCUGAAACUACCAAUACCGAAUUGUGAGUCGUAUCGCAAAGGGAAACGCUCAAGCACUGAACCCGAAACGCCAUCGCAAUUCAAUACAAAUUCCAUACUAUUCCCAUAUGUAUUACAAGUAUUAUACUCCUUACACAUUGUUUACGAAGAGAUCAAGUUAAAUACUCUUUUGUGGAGUAAUUUGAAACCGUUAUCUGGUUUCUUGUACCAAGUAUCGAAGGAUUUGAAACUCGAUUCGUACGUCAAUCACUAUUGGCUGGACUUCCCUACGGACUUGAACUUGGAGUACGAUGACAGCUCGCAGAUUAGUGAUGUGAACUUAAAGAAGAUUUGCCAGCCGGUGUACUUUAGUCGAGAGCCCCCCAAUAUUUAUUCGUAUUUGAAUUCCAUGUUGAAGGAUGUGGAUGUCGGGUAUUAUCCGUAUUUAGCUGAUGUUAAUACUAUGUCGAGGGAUAUUAUUGAGCUCCUGUCGCUGGUGGGUUGCGGGCGCAGCGCGGGCCCGCAGCUGAUCUCGUGUCGCGACGGCGUGGCGGCCAGCAGCACGCCGCGCGCGCGCCGCGCCCCCGGGCUGCCGGCCGAGGCCUGCUGCCACGCGGUCAUCACCGCCGUCCAGAAAGGUAUCACCCUCCGCGAUGUGGACAACCUACCUCCAGCGCUGGGCUUACUCCUGCUAACGAUCUUCAGCCGCUGCAAGAGCUCGCCACCAGCAGACUGGCCGCCGGCAGCAUACAACUUGGUGAUGAGAGAAGACUUGGCGCAUCAGGCUGAAGUCGCUCACACUAUGAAGACAGCGUCCGAUUAUAUGGAGUUUAUAGCGUUAGAAGUGUUAGAGAAGGACACAGUGUAUACCAUGGCGAAGCGGCCCGUAGAGACGCCGCGCAGCAACCCCGAGGACGCUGACGUCAUCACGGGGAUGGAACAUCUGAACACGCAGCUGUUGGCCUUGCUGUAUCCUAGAGAUCAUAGAAUGACAGAAGUUAUAAACCUGCUGCAGUCGUCAAUCCCGGUUACUAUCAACCUGACGCAACGUCCUGAAGUGUCCGAUCACGACUUUAUUGAGGAGCAGGAGAAGUAUCUGUAUGCUAUCAGUACGAGGACAAUGGCGCUGCCUAUAGCUCGCGGCAUGGCGUGCCUGCGCACAGCCCCGUGCGCGGCCACGGAGGGGGCCCGCGUGCCCCGCGUGUGCGUGUGGGGGCGCUGGCGGGGGCGCGGGGCCCCGGGGCCCGACGCGGGGCCCGCGCCGGCCGCCUGGCCCGCCUUCCACAACGGCGCCGCCGCCGGCCUCGCGCUCGUGCCGCUCUCCGGGUUCACCAUCGACUCCGAGUGGGUCAUCUACAACAAGCCCAGGGGCACAGCAGAAAUGUCAACAGAACACGCAGGUUUCCUCAUGGGGCUCGGUCUGAACGGCCACCUACGAGAUAUGCCCUUCAUGAACAUUUACGAGUACCUCGUGAAGUGCAACGAGAUGAUCAGCGUCGGACUGUUGCUCGGAUUAGCUGCUACUUAUAGAGGUACCAUGGACGUCCAAGCUACAAAGAUGAUGAGUAUUCACUUGGAGCCGCUUCUCCCGCCAACAUCCAUCGAGCUGGACAUCCAGCAAAACAUCCUCGUGGCAGCCCUGCUGGGCGUGGGCCUGAUAUACCAGGGGACAGCCCACACACACUACGCUCAAGUGUUGCUCAAUGAAAUAGGCAAGCCCCCCGGGCCCGAGAUGGAGAACUGCGUGGAGCGCGAGGGCUACGCGCUGGCGGCCGGGCUCGCGCUGGGGCUGGUGUGCGCCGCCGCGGCCCGCCACACGCCGCUAGCGCACGUCGCGCACCGGCUGCGGACCUACAUGCUGGGCGGGGACAAGCUGCCGCUCUCCGGCUCCCAAAAGGAGAAGUACAAGCAAGGCUCGUUCGCGAUCCGCGAGGGCGCCACGGUGAACCUGGACGUGACGUCACCGGGCGCUACCCUGGCCCUGGGCCUCAUCUACCUCCGCUCCAACAACGCGGCGCUGGCCGCCUGGCUCGAGCCGCCCUCUACCGCCUACCAGCUGGACUUCGUCAGGCCUGACUUGCUGAUGCUGAGGGUUAUUGCUAGAGGUCUCGUCCUAUGGGACAGUAUAGAGCCGACAGAGGAGUGGGUUGAGAGCCAAGUGCCCGCGACUAUCAAGCCGUACUGCUUCGUCAAGCCCACUGAAGACAAUAUCGACUAUGAAGCUAUGAAUCAGGCAUACUGCAACAUAAUAGCGGGAGCUUGCUUCGCGAUGGGCCUGCGUUUUGCGGGCAGCGGGGACGAGGAGGCCCGGGACACGGCCCUGCACUACGCGCGGCUAUUCAUAGCAGUGGGCGGCAAGAGCGUGGCCGAGCUGGCGGGACGGUCCACGCUGGAGGCUUGUCUAUGCGUGUGUCUGCUGGCUGCGGGGAUGAUCACGUGCGGGCGCGGCGACGUGUGCGUGCUGCGCGUGUGCCGGCGCCUGCGCGCGCGCACGCCCGGCGCCGCGCCCGCGCCGCCCGCCGCCGCGCCGCUGUCGCACGGGGGACAGAUGGCAGUACACUGUACGAUCGGCCUGCUGUUCCUGGGCGGGGGACGCGCUACCCUCAGUACGACCCCCACAGCGGUGGCUGCACUACUGGCUGCGUUCUUCCCCAAAUUCCCCACGCACAGCGAAGACAAUAGGUACCACUUGCAAGCAUUCCGCCAUCUCUACGUGCUAGCCGUGGAAGCGCGUUUGAUACUACCCAGGGACAUUAACACAGAGAAACUCUGUUAUGCACAUAUACAGGUGAUAGACCUAAAUGGUGUGGUAAAAGAAAUGAAGGCACCAUGCAUCAUACCAGAGCUGAGCACUCUGAAGGAAGUGAAGAUCAAUGACCCUCGGUACUGGCCCAUCACCUUCCAGAGAGACCGGAACUGGGAUCAAUUGAAACUCUUCCUCGAAUACUCCUGGUGUAUCGACAUCAAGCAGCGCGCCGGCUGUCUCUCCUACAUCGACGACCCUCAAGGCUUCCUCACGAUAUUGGCCCAAACACUCACCCUCGACAAGGCCAACAUUUGGUCCACAUGCACCGACAACAUUGAACUCUUCACCAACGACGACAAAAUACGAAACUUCGUCAAACAAUACUUGGUCAAGGAUGUUGGAACAAAUGUUUGUGCUGAUUGUCUUGUCUUGUCUAAGAAGAAGAAAAAUGUGAAAGAGGUUGUGUUGAAUAGGCAGUGUCAGUGUAGGAAGUACACUAAGGAGGAAAAGGAACAUUUGCAGACGUUGGGCAUGGUGACAUACGAGUGUGUUGUCAAGGAUAUAUUGUGCGCUUUGCCUAUUUGGACGACGUUCUUGAAGAUAAUAAAGACAAUGAAACCAGACCCCUCAUCAUUCCACGUGUGGCAGAUCAAGCUCCUUCUGUCUCAGAUAGAGAACCACAAUAGGAGAAGUAUGAACGAGAUGAAGGUUGAUGGACAAGAGUCACAGAACGAGCCUCUGAUCUCCAGUGAAUUUACACUAGCUAUUAAACAAAAGGUAUCAAACAUCUUCGAUUCUUGGGAAGGGAGGUUAACGCCAUUCCUGCGGAAGUACCUGGGCUUGCCAAGCAGUAGGAGGAUAAGCACAUGUGAUGAUGAUGUCAAGAAGAUCCUCAGCGGGUUCCUAGUUUAUCAUGAUCUGCCGAAAGGGGCCUUGAAGGAUGUUAUGGGUGAGGACACGCUGUCGGUGCUUCUGGCUCUAGAGGGGUUGUCGGUGAACGCUUGUAGCAAGCUCGCCACGCUACUGGCCUGAGGCGGGACCACAGCCAGCCGAAUGUACAGGGGACCGUACUACAAUAUAAUAGAUAUAACUGUACAUAUAACUAUGCACAAAGUGUUUGUAAUAUAUCCAGGCAUAUUUAAAAUGUUCUGAGCCUGGAUAUGACUGCUCAAACUGACACAGCUGUCAUUGGAAAUCAAAUAAUAGGAAACCGCAGUUUGAUUUUUUAAGCAUUUGGUUUACAAUAAAAGAAAAAAAUGAACUGAUUAAGAUUCAUUUCUUCAUCAUAACACGUGUCGCGGUAUAAUAGACAAACUCAUACUCUUAGUCAAUGACGUCAGCAGCUUAGUUGGUAAAGCUACUGGUGCAUUUAGCCAGGACUUGCAGGUUCGAGUCCUGUGUAAGGAUUGAUUUUUUAUCGAAAUGUUAUUCACUUUGCAGUGCUUACUACGUAUUACAUAAUUAAGAUAAACCAUUUCUCCUAUAGAUAAAGUUGUUUAUAUCGAUUUUAUAUUUCAGAAGCUUUAUUUUAAUGUAAUUGCUCGUUUUCCCUACACUUAUAAAAAGACAGCUAUGCACUUAGUGUAUUUGCUUAAACAGUGAAAAUAACCAGUAAUUUCAAUACGAAAUGUAAGCGAGAAUAAAAACCAAAACUGAAUAUCAACUGUGAAUAAACUAUUUUAAGUCUGC